AUGACAAGACAAUGUUUAGAGUUACAUCACUUGCGUGGGCUGUUGCAGGGAUUGUUGCAGAAGGACUACUGGCCAGCCCACGUACUGACGGUGGUCUUCCUGAUGGCUGACCUGGUGGUGGUAGCGCGUCUCAAGUUCUCAAUCCCUGACAAGAGGAUGACUCCAAGUGCCGUCCAUCGGGCCCUUUGGCAGCCGCAUGUUGUCCUCAUACUGAUAACACUGGUGGUGAUCGGGACAACGUGUGGAGUGUUGUGGACCUUCCAGUUCCUGCUGGUGGAGGAUGUGGCUCUGCAGUGGGACCCAGACUUCCCACACUUGAAGUUGCUGCUGGGACUGGUGCUGGGGGUACAGUGCUUCCUGGCGGAGGUGCCAUUCUUCUUCCUAGCAGGUCGCAUCAUCAAGAGGAUCGGUCACGCUAACGCCUUUCUCAUCUCCCUGGUGGGGUUUGCUGUGAGGCUCAACCUCUACUCCGUCAUUAGCAACCCCUGGUGGUUCCUGCCAGCUGACAUCCUUCACGGCAUCUCCUUUGGCAUCUCCUACCCCUGUUUAACCUCAUACGCCAGUGUAAUCUCUCCCCCGGGAGCUGCUGCUACCACACAAGCCAUUUUUGGAGCUGCGUUCUUUGGUGGUACUGGCUUGGGCGGCCUAGUCGGUGGGCGGUUGUUCCAGGAACUGGGCGGCCGCAAAGCUUUCUUGACUGUGGGAGUCUUCAGCGGCGUCUACGCUCUUGUCUUCAUAGCGACGCAUAUCCUCUUGAAGCGUCUGUGUCCUGCUAAUGCAACGCGCGAUGUCGACAGCGAAUCAGCAUAUGAGGAAGGAAUCAGGGAAAAGAGCGUGGAAGAGGAGGAAGUCACGAGCAAGGAAGGAGAAGAUAAGGAAGAGGCAGAUAAGGUGGAAAUAGAAGAGGUGGGAUUAGUGGAGAGAAAGUCCCAUGUCUCCCCCAGCGAGAGUUCCUAAUGAUACACUAGCUGAAGGGGACAAUAACAACCUGAUUGGCCAAAAACCAGCCUCAACCACUCCCUCCGCUGAAUGACUCACACGGGUUUGUUGCUUCAUAUAAUUAAAAAUAAUAAUAAUAAUAAUAAUAAUAAUAAUAAUAAUAAUAAUAAUAAUAAUAAUAAAGGUAUGUGUACUUGUGUCUACUGAAUACCGACCACUGAAAAUUUUCAAAAAAAUCGUAAUUCUGUAAGAUUUGUAAAAUAAAAUGAAGCGUUUGAAA